AAACCAACGCUAACGACCGAUGUUUGUUUUGCUACAGUUAGCAGUAUGCCUGCUGAACGCAAGCGCUCAGUAAACAUGGAUGAAAAAGACGUUUUCGCCUUCAGCAGCAAGGAGAAAGAAAAGGAGAGGGAGGCCGAGAGGAGACCAGCGUCUGCUCGAGACAAACCCAAGGACGAGGCCAAGAUGAGCGGCAAGAAAGACGGCGGCAAGGAGGAGAAGAGGAAGCGCCUCGAGGAGGAGAAGAAGAAGAAGGAGGAGAAGGAGCGGAGGAAGAAGGAGGAGGAGAAGCAGAAGGCGGAGGAGGAGCAGAAGAAGAAGGAGGAGGAGGAGAAGAGGCAGCAGGAGGAGCAGGAGAGGAAGCUUCAGGAGGAGGAGGCCAAAAGGCAGCGUGAGGAGGAAGCAGCGCUCCUCAAGGAGAAGGAGGAGGGUCAUCAGCUGCACCAGGAGGCCUGGGAGCGCCACCAGUGCCGGAAGGAACUCCGCCACAAGAACCAGAACGCCCAGGAGGGCCGACCCGAGGAGGCCUUCUUCAGCCGCCUGGACUCCAGCCUUAAAAAGAACACGGCCUUCGUCAAGAAGCUGCGAACGCUGACCGAGCAGCAGCGGGACUCGCUGUCCAACGACUUCUCCUCCCUCAACCUCAGCAAGUACAUUGGCGAGGCCGUGAGCUCCGUGGUGGAGGCCAAGCUGAAGAUCUCCGACGUGGGCUGCGCCGUCCACCUGUGCUCCCUCUUCCACCAGCGCUACGCCGAGUUUGCGCCGCUGCUGCUGCAGGCCUGGAAGAAGCACUUCGAGGCGAGGAAGGAGGACAAGGCGCCCAACGUGAGCAAGCUGCGCACCGACCUGCGCUUCAUCGCCGAGCUCACCAUCGUCGGCCUCUUCACCGACAAAGAGGGCCUGUCGCUGAUUUACGAGCAGCUGAAGAACAUCAUCGGCACCGACCGCGAGACGCACACCCACGUGUCGGUGGUGAUCAGCUUCUGCAAACACUGCGGGGACGACAUCGCCGGCCUGGUGCCCCGAAAGGUGAAACUGGCGGCUGAGAAGUUCGGCCUCGGCUUCCCUCCCAGCGAAAUAAUCAGCACCGAGAAGCAGCAGCCCUUCCAGAACCUCCUGAGGGAGUAUUUCACAUCCCUCACCAAACACCUGAAGAAGGACCACAGGGAGCUGCAGAACAUCGAGAGACAGAACAGGCGAAUCCUACAUUCCAAAGGGGAGCUGAGCGAGGACAGGCACAAGCAGUACGAAGAGUUCGCCACGUCGUACCAGAAGCUGCUGGCCAACACUCAGUCGCUGGCCGAUCUGCUGGACGAGAACAUGCCGGACCUGCCUCAGGACAAGACGGUGCAGGAGGAACACGGCCCCGGCAUCGACAUCUUCACCCCCGGCAAGCCCGGCGAGUACGACCUGGAGGGAGGAAUCUGGGAGGACGAGGACGCUCGCAACUUCUACGAGAACCUGGUGGACCUGAAGGCCUUCGUCCCCGCCAUCCUCUUCAAGGACAACGAGAAGAGCGGCCAGGGCAAAGACAAGGACGAUGCCAAAGACGGCAGAGAGGCGAAGGACUCGGCCAGCACCACGGAGGAGCUGGAGCUGGAGCUGGAGGCGCUGGACAUCGCGGACGAGCCGCUCGAACUGGAGGGAGUCGACGAGGUGGAGAAUGAGGAACUGGCCAAAAAACUGCUGGAUGAACAAGAACAAGAGGACGAGGAGGCCAACACCGGGUCGCACCUGAAGCUGAUCGUGGACGCCUUCAUCCAGCAGCUCCCCAACUGCGUCAACAGAGACCUCAUAGACAAGGCCGCCAUGGACUUCUGCAUGAACAUGAACACCAAGUCCAACAGGAGGAAGCUUGUCCGAGCUCUCUUCACCGUCCCCAGACAGAGGUUGGACCUUCUGCCCUUCUACUCCCGCCUGGUGGCGACUCUGCAUCCCUGCAUGUCGGACGUGGCCGAGGACCUGUGCUCCAUGCUGAAGGGAGACUUCAGGUUUCACAUUCGGAAGAAGGACCAGAUCAACAUCGAGACGAAGAACAAAACGGUGAGGUUCAUCGGGGAGCUGGCCAAGUUCAAGAUGUUCUCGAAAACCGACACGCUUCACUGUCUGAAG